CUUUCGUUUCUGGGAACAUUUACAAAAAUCUUCGUUAAAUGGAGGAUAUAAACUUUUUUGGCGAAAUUAAUGGACCAUGCGCAGGUUUUGGGCUAGGUGAGCCAACAAAAAAACGAAAACGCAAACAGGCCAAAUGCAGCAAAUUCGAUCGGGCAUUUGUGACUGAAGGCGAAAUCAUGCAUUUUAAAUUGGAGAGAAAAUUAAAGAAGGCUCAAGCGAAGUACAGACAGUUUAAGGAUGUCCAGAAACAGGAAAAGAUUAUACAGAAAAAAGCGCUUAAAAAAUUUAUGAAAACUAAUUACUUGCCGCCCUGGUACCGAGAACUAUCAGAAACUCAAAUGAGUGCGGCUGACUCGCUGCAUGCAAGCAUCCGCGAGGACGUUGAACAAGGAACAGUGCAUCGAUGCAAACAGGCAUUAAUUUCCCUUGGGUUGAAGCCAAUCAUAAAUCGAGCGAAUGUCGCCCUCGCUCUACGAAUGUGCAACGGAAGUGACUUUGCUUUCCUUUGGUUUUUAAUGGAACUUUUCUACGACAAAACGUGUAUUAAUUGCAAGCAUCCUGUACAAAACUAUACUGUCAACGAACAAAUCAUUAUGUCUGCAAUAUGUCACUUGGACAUGAUUACUACACUUAGGCAAUUAGACAAAUUACUUCCACCGCCAGCCGAGCCACAAAAGGUGAAACAAAAGAGGCGGCAGAAAAUUCCAUCCCAAAAAUACGAGUCUCCAUAUUUAGAGCCUUUAUGGCGUCCUAAGCCGAAGGUUAUAAACAUAAAUACAAUGCCGCCGCUGCCUUCGGUAAAUUUUGCUCCGUAUGAUAAGUACCUGGACCCAAGUUAUGUCGUGCCAAACGAAAGCACGAGGUGGUUCAAGCGAAAUAUUAGCGAGGAAUUGACUGUUGGGCACUAUGAGCCGAAGCCAACUAGAAGUAGUCUAGAGAUUGUGACAAAUAUCCUAGACCAGCAACUUAUGGAUUUGACUUCAGGGAACUUUGAUCGCGGGAAAAUAAUGGAAGCUCUCUGCAAGAAGCACAAAACUGCUGAGGAAAUCCGCAAAACUUUAGUAGAUACGCUGUCGAAUAUCACAAAGUGCCAGAAUAGUGAAUAUUUCCAUGGAUUAAGGCAGCAACAGAAACAACGUCAAAGGAUCAUCACCCAAAUGGAAUUGGAUCAAGCUAAAACGAAAGAAGACUUUGAGCAAUUGGCGCAGAAAUACCAAAUUCAAACAUGGUUACGGCUUUUCAUCCAAGACUUAAUCCUCAACAUACCAGAUCAGAAAGUAAUCAAACUCUGUGAGAAAACAAAUGCCUGUGUCGAAGAUGCUAAUGCCCUCCAAGCUUUCAUAACUAAAAACUGCUGCACUUGCAACAAGUGUCCUUAUCAGCCCUUCGAUUAUGGUCACCAAGGCAUUCCGAAACCAAAUGAAAUAUACUUUCGUGGCCCACGCAAAAAUUUACCAUAUAAAUUCGACUAUGAAAAAAUAUUCCAACAAGAUUUCCUAGUGAAAACCAAUUUUAUAAAAAGAGGAAUCAGUGCCGCAUUAGAACUAGACAAAUAUGCUUCCGAAAACGAUGCGAUCGAUGUCUGUUUGAGUGAAACUUGGCACAAUAUGGUAAGACUAUGGAAUGAGAGAUUUGAGAAUAAUGAAGAAUCCCUCAGCACUGGAGAAUUGCAAUACGUAAAUCGGGAUCAGUCCAGCAGUCUAAAGAAUCUUGGAUAUGACAAUCCGGCCGAAAGUGUUAUGAACAAAACGCAAUAUAACCAAAAUAGACCGAAAACGCCCCCGAUAAGACCUCCACCUCAAUUCCAACGACAACCGGUGAGUUAUGAUCCGAAAGAUAGUGCUAUGAUGGACUCACUGCUAAAAGAUGCAAUUGGUAAAAUGAAACAAAAUGGAAAAUUCGUCCUGGCUUCUCUUCCAGAUGUUCAUAUGCUACCUAUUCUGCAAGAGUGGAUUAGGGCUCGAUAUGGACUAAUCUACAGCAGAAAGCAACGUGCAAAGGCUCUAGAAAAAUCACUGGUCCAUUUUGAAAGAUUAGUGGGGAAGAGAAUUAAAGUUAAAUUACCAGUCUCGGAAGAUAUUUGUGCAGAAAAAUCUAUUUCUUAUGGCAUGCGCGAUAUGAUUUUCGACAAGACGAAAAAACGAGUCGAUAUGUAUGAACAUGAGUUACGGUUGGCCCUCCUCGAUGAUGCUAGAACAUGCUGGAAAGUCAUGAAGCCAUAUCACUGCGUAGCAGGUCCACCACGAGAUGUCUUUUUUGCUUAUAUGCCGGCAUGUGAGAAGGAUGUAGUGUGCUUCCGACCAUGGAAAGUGAGUGAAAUGGUAGAUGCAAAAAGUGAAUUUGAGAAACGGUUAUUUAAGAAACGAGCGGAAGAAGCAACGAAAAUUUAACGAAUGGUUGAUUCCGAUGGUCGCUUAACCUUAUUAAGGAUCGCUUAUAUUCGCCUUAGUGAGCAGAACUAAUGUCAAAAUUUAUGUAUGUUUUUGGUAUUGUUUUGAGUAUUGUUUUGAAACGAAUGGAUAUGUUUUUCGCUAGCGCAUGUAAAUUUUUAA